CCUUCCUGUCUAAUGUUCUCUUUAGAGAAUGGCAAUGGUCUCUGCGAUGUCCUGGGUCCUGUAUUUGUGGAUAAGUGCUUGUGCAAUGCUGCUCUGCCAUGGAUCCCUUCAGCACACUUUCCAGCAGCACCACCUGCACCGACCAGAAGGAGGGACAUGUGAAGUGAUAGCGGCACACAGAUGUUGUAAUAAGAAUCGCAUUGAGGAGCGGUCACAAACAGUAAAGUGUUCCUGUCUACCUGGGAAAGUGGCUGGAACGACAAGAAACCGACCUUCCUGUGUCGAUGCCUCCAUAGUGAUUGGGAAAUGGUGGUGUGAGAUGGAGCCCUGUCUAGAGGGAGAAGAAUGUAAGACACUCCCUGAUAAUUCCGGAUGGAUGUGCGCAACAGGCAAUAAAAUUAAGACCACAAGAAUUCACCCAAGAACCUAACGGAAGCAUUUGUUGUAGUAGUAAAGGAAAACCAACUCUGCAGAAAAUACAUUUUAAGAAUUUAAAACAUCUAACACAUUACAAGCCAAAUGGAUUUCUUAUUUGCACUUUGACUGGUUACCAGAUAAUCAUAGUACUUUUACUGCGUGUCACGAAGUAUCCUACAGUGAGAAGACUCAGAGUUUUCGGCAACACCAUGGAAAGUGGAUUUUAAAAAAGGGUUUUCUCAGUGAAAAUUUUGGGGAUUACGAAGACAAAUCAACUAUCUUCUAAUUUGGAUCUAUAGUUACUUUGUACCAUUUGAAAUAUAUGUAUAUAUAUAUAUAAUAUUUUGAAAUAUUAUAUAUUCUCUUCAAGAAAUGAACAAUACCACAGUUUGAGGCGGCUGGUGUACCUCUUUGAGUUUUGGGUGUUUUGUUUUGUUGUCGUUUCUUUUUCUAUCGGCAAGGAAGACGUGCCCUUUUGAGAGUUCGACAUGGCAGUCACACUGGAAGGCCAGCUACAGGUGGACUCCUGGAAUCUGAGGCAUCCUAACAAUAUUGAAUCAAGAGCUUCCUUCUGUUUCUACCAGAGGGCUCCAGGAAGCACAUCGUCCUGUUUAUUGCUUUCUACCCUGUGCAAUAUUAGCAUGCAAGCUUGGCUUACAUAACCAUACUUUAUAUUCAAUUGAUAUAUAAUAACCGUUCUAACCUCUUCCAGGAAAAUAUUUUUAGAACCACUAGUUUUUCCACAGAUAAGAAAACGAAGAUUCUUGAGGGAGCUGCUCCACCAUGCUAUUAAGACUCUGGCAGAGUUAUAGUAGAAUAUGGAUCCCUGUAUUAAUAAGUUCUGUAAAUACAAUGUCUUAAGGCUUUGUAUAGCUGUCCUAGACUACAGAAAUGUCCUCUGAGUAAAUCCAAAGUCUGGCA